CACAUCCUUGCCGAAUAUGACUUCAAGCCUGGCACCCUAGUCCUCAUUCACAACACUCGCAUGGAGAAGGAACUCAACUGUAAAUUGAAGCCCUGUUUUCUUGGUCCCAUGGCUGUUGUCACCCAAACUGCUAGAGGCAGCAAUGUGAUAGCCAAUUUGGAUGGUGCCAUUCUCAAAGCCCACAUCGCACAGUUCUGCAUUUAUCUGUACCACCAGCAAUCUGAACAUACCCCCACCCUACCUGAC